CCCACCCUCAAACGAAGAAGAAAAGACUGAAUAAACUCUUCAUCAAGGGUUUAACAAAUUAGGGUUUUUGUGGUCACAAUGUCCACCCAAUCCUUCCCAAUUCCCAAAAAUCUCAAAAUCCAAUCUCCACAUCCUCCAAGUUUCCUCUCCAAUCCUUCCCAAUUACUCUCAAUUUCUUUCAAUUCACCUUUCUUUCCUUAUUCUUUCCGUCAAAAACCUCUCAAAAUUACUUUUUUUCAUGCUCUUCCUCUCCCCCAGAGCAACCCAUCACCACCCCAUCCCUCUCUCAUCCAAGAAGCUAUUUCAGACUAUCUUCUCGAAUUGGGUCUCUCAAAGGAGGACGCUCUUUCCAUUUCCUUGAAUGCCCCCAAGUAUGCCCAGAUGCUAAGUGACAGUGUGAGAGACUUGGAGGAGUGGGAGUCUUGGAGUGGAAAUGGAGGGGGGUCAGUUGGGUUUAAAGAGAAAGCUAUUAGAAUGGCCAAGGAGAAAGGUGAUAAUGGCAAGGUGGCCUUUUUGGAGAGUAUUGGUUUGAGUCUAUCUAAUGCUAUUGGUGUUGCUAGGUACUUGUCUGCAGAGUCAGUUUCUGCCCUUAUUUAUAAGGUUAAAUAUAUGAAGGAAAUCUUCUUUUCUGGCAGUAAUGCAGAAGGACUUGUUGGGAAAAAUGCUAGGCGUAUGAUGAAGCAUUUAUCAAUUCCUAUUGAUGAAGAUGUGCAACAAACCUUAGCAUUCUUUGAAAAGAUUGAAGCAAGGCGUGGAGGUUUAGACAUGCUUGGCUGUGUAGAUGUUGCUUUUGGGUAUCUUGUUGAAUCAUUUCCACGUCUUCUUUUGUUACCUGUAGACUCUCAUUUAAACCUUGUGGUGGAAUUUCUUGAAAAUAUUGGAGUACCUCGAGGAAAAAUGGGAAAUGUCUUUCUCUUAUUUCCUCCCAUAUUGUUCGCUGACAUCAAGGACAUAAGAACAAAAGUGUUGGCUUUGGAGAAGGUUGGUGCAGCGGAUAAAAUUAUUGGUAAAAUGCUGCUGAAUUAUCCAUGGAUUCUUUCAUCCAGAAUUCAAGAAAAUUAUGAGGACAUUAUUUUGUUUUUUACUGAAGAAAAGGUACCGAAACUGGCAGUUGACCAUGGUAUAAGAAGCUGGCCUCAUUUACUGGGUUGUUCAACUAACAAGCUGAAGUUGAUGGUGGAACAAUUUGGUGAACUAGGGGUUCAAAACAAAAACUUGGGGAAGGUUGUUGCCAAAAGUCCUCAAUUGUUGAUACGGAAACCUGAAGAAUUCCUCCAGGUGGUUUUGUUUUUGGAAGAUCUAGGGUUUGAAAGAGAGAAACUGGGGAAGAUACUCACACGCUGCCCAGAACUAUUUGCAGCCAGCAUUGACAAAACAUUGAAGAAAAAGAUUGAAUUUCUUACUGUUAUUGGAAUUUCUAAGAACCACUAUCCUCGAAUUAUCAAUAAGUAUCCAGAGUUUCUUGUUUCAGAUGUUGAGAGAACUUUGCUUCCUCGGAUAAAUUACUUGAUGGAAGUAGGAUUAUCAAAACGGGAUAUUGCAUUCAUGGUUCGAAGAUUCUCUCCUUUGCUCGGCUACAGCAUUGAGGAGGUGUUCAAACCGAAAAUAGAGUUCCUCCUAAACACCAUGGAAAAGUCGCUAAGAGAUGUGGUGGACUAUCCCAGGUAUUUUAGCUAUUCAUUGGAAAAGAAGAUAAAACCCAGAUACUGGGUUCUCAAGGGAAGGAAUGUUGAAUGUAGUUUACAAGAAAUGUUGGGUAAAAAUGAUGAAGAAUUUGCCACUUAUCUUAUGGGUGUUGGAAGCAUGGUUGUCCCCCCUUCUCAUCAAUAGGUUAUAGCUUUUGGCUUUUUGUAUGGAAUGGCAUUCAGAUCUGUAAAUAGCAUACCGAAGUUCUUUUAGACAAAUUUUGCUCCAAGAGGAUUAGGAUGGUGAGGUUAGAUCCAUUUGUGUAGGUUUUUGAGAGGUACAGCUGCUAGAGUGAAAAUGUUAGAGAAACAUAAUCUUGUAUUUUCUGUGUCUGGACAAUAAGCUCAUUAAACCUUUUUCUUUUUAAUCAUUAUAUCAUCAAAAAAUGUAUUUUCAGAAUUUGACUAAGAAAGUGCAAGCUUGAAUUUUCUGUGCAUUCAA